AAUAAAGAUUUCGAGUUCUUCACCACCUCACAUGGAAACACUCCUCCGCAAAUCCUUCAAAUCUACAAAGCCACAACAAGAAGAAGAACGCCAGAUUCUAUUAACACAAAACCCCACUUCCGCCGCCGCCAUGACGUCAUCCAAAGACCCCGUUAUCAGAAUCGACGGCGACGAUUUACCCAACGCAAACGCCGGCGGCACUAGUAACGGCGAAACUAACAGAAUGUGGAGGGAUUCCAGUUACGAUUUCUCAAACGACGCCGUAAUGAAAGCCGCCGCCAACUCCAAGGACUUCGAUUUCUCCGCCGACUCGCCGCUAUCCCAACAGUCGCCGCUAUCCAGAAUCCCGGAGAGCCCGACCGCCGCCAACAACUACGGCCCGCUCACGCCGAGAGACGUCCGCGUCUCGUUCCACGAGGCACCCGAACCGGCGGCGAACCGGCCCUCCAGCGCCGAACCGGAGGAGGUCCUCCGCUGCAGCUCGAACAACUCCUUCCGGCGAAAAUCCAGCCUGAUGAGAACCAAAACCAAAUCCCGGCUGCUCGACCCACCGGACGAACAAUACAAUCAGAGAUCCCACACCCAAAGAAUCGCUAAAUCACAGUUAAUCGGAAAAGGGGCGAACAGCGAACUCAUCGACGACGACGACCCGUUUCUAGAAGAAGACCUACCCGAAGAUUACAAGAAGAUGAAAUUCAGCACCAUCUCUGUAUUACAGCUCGUGAGUUUAAUUCUAAUUAUCGCCGCAUUAAUUUGCAGCCUAACAAUUAACUUCCUGAAAAAGAGAAACGCCCUCGGUUUAGAGAUUUGGAGAUGGGAAUUAAUGGUGCUGGUUCUAAUCUCGGGUCGGUUAGUAUCCGGUUGGGCGAUACGGGUCGCGGUUUUCUCCGUCGAACGGAACUUCCUCCUCCGUAAACGGGUUUUAUACUUCGUUUACGGGUUGAGAAAUUCGGUUCAGAACUGCGUUUGGUUGGCCCUGGUUUUAAUAGCUUGGCAAUGCAUUUUCGAUAAGAAAGUCGAGAGGAUCACUAGCCAUAAGAUUCUACCUUACGUGACGAAAGUUUGGAUUUGCCUCUUGAUCGGAACCCUAAUUUGGCUGCUGAAAACGUUGCUCGUAAAAGUACUAGCUUCGUCUUUUCACGUGAGCACGUUCUUCGAUCGUAUCCAAGAAGCGUUGUUCAAUCAGUACGUAAUCGAAACGCUAUCGGGCCCGCCAUUGGUCGAGAUCGAGAAAGAGAUUGAAGAUGAAGAGAGGGUUAUGGUUGAAGUUGAGAAGCUUCAAAAAGCGGGGGCCACGAUUCCGCCCGAUCUUAGGUCGUAUAUGUUUCCGAAGAGUGGGAGAAUUAUCGGGGGUACUCCGAGGAAAAGUACCGUUUCCGUGGGCCCCAAAAGUCCCGUUUUUUCUAAGGUGAUGUCGAAGAAGGAAGAGGAGAAUGGGAUCACGAUUGACCAUUUGCACAGGUUGAAUCAGAGGAAUAUAUCGGCGUGGAAUAUGAAGAGGAUGAUGAAUAUUGUUAGGAAAGGGGUAAUUUCGACUUUGGACGAGAAAUUGCAGGAUUCUACGGGCGAUGACGAGGCGAUGGUGCAAAUCACGACCGAGAAUCAGGCGAAAGCUGCUGCUAAGAAGAUCUUUAUUAAUGUUGCCAAACCGGGAUCUAAAUAUAUUUUCCAAGAGGAUUUGAUGCGUUUUAUGAGGGAGGACGAGGUUUUAAAGACUAUGCGCCUCUUUGAAGAUGGAAGCGAGCAAAAACGAAUCUGCAAACGAACCCUUAAAAAUUGGGUGGUGAAUGCAUUUCGGGAGAGAAGAGCUCUUGCUCUGUCUCUAAACGACACGAAAACGGCAGUCAACAAACUACACCAAAUGUUGAAUGUGAUGGUUGGAGUUCUCGUUAUCGUAAUUUGGCUACUCAUACUCAAAGUGGCAACAACACACUUCUUCAUCUUCUUGAGCUCGCAGCUUCUCUUAGUUGUGUUCAUGUUCGGAAACACGUGCAAGACCACAUUCGAGGCCAUCAUCUUUUUGUUCGUGAUGCACCCUUUUGAUGUUGGUGACCGUGUCGAAAUCGAUGGGGUGCAAAUGGUGGUAGAAGAAAUGAAUAUAUUGACCACGGUCUUCCUAAAAUUCGACAACCACAAGAUUUACUAUCCAAACAGUGUCUUAUCCACAAAGCCGAUCCACAAUUACUACCGUAGCCCGGAUAUGGGAGACUCAAUCGAUUUCUGCAUCCACAUUUCAACUCCCGGUGAGAAAAUCGCAACAAUGAAGGAAAAUAUCAUAAGGUACGUGGAUAAUAGGGGGGACCAUUGGUACCCGUCGCCGAUGAUAGUGAUGAGAGAUGUGGAGGACAUGAAUCGGUUGAAGUUUUCGAUUUGGCUAUCGCACAAAAUGAAUCAUCAAAACAUGGGGGAGAGAUGGUCAAGGAGAGGGCUACUCGUCGAGCACAUGGUCAAGACUUUUAGGGAACUGGAUAUCGAGUACCGGUUGUUGCCGCUUGAUGUGAAUGUGCGUAAUAUGCCACCGAUAAGUUCGAAUAGAGUGCCCUCUAAUUGGACCGUUUGUGCUCCUCCGUGAGCUCUUACUUGGGGCAGAGAGGAUUCAAGUUUCUAAUUGGCAUAUUAGUUCCAUAUUUUGUAUAUAUUUGUUUUUUUUUUCUUUUUCUUUUUUUUUUUUUUAAGAAUUUGAAAUGAAUUUUGGAUUCUA